GACUGUCGGAAACGGAAAAAGUGGACGCAUGGCACUUGCUUACGGUAACUAUCAUCCAGCAGACGACGUGAUCCGAGCAAGUGUGCCUAAGCUGGAUCUAGACUCAACCUUUGAGCAAAAGAACAACAUUGCAAAAACAGUUGAGAGUGAGCUUGAUAAGGGUAUGUCUCAUUACGGGUAUGAGAUAGUACAGACGCUUAUUGUGGAUAUCGAACCUGAUGUGCACGUCAAGAGAGCAAUGAAUGUGAUCAAUGCAGCUUCAAGAAUGAGAGAGGUGGCGACUGAGAAAGCUGAGGCAGAGAAGAUACUACAGAUCAAGAGAGCCGACGGAGAAGCUGAAUCGAAAUACCUUUCAGGUCUGGCCAUUGUGGAUGGUCUGAGGAACAACGUGCUCACCUUCUCUGAGUCUGUUCCAAGGACAUCUUUGAAAGACGUCAUGGACAUAGUUCUGACCACUCAUUACUUUGACACAUUGAAGGAA